AUGGAGGCCUACAUCGACGAUAUGGUGGUUAAGAGUAAGGAGAAGUCAGAACACCUCACCGACCUAGCAGAAAUGUUCGCCAUACUUAAGCACCAUAAGUUUCGUCUGAACGCCUCCAAAUGCGCCUUCGGAGUUGGCACUGGAAAGUUUCUGGGUUUUCUGGUUACAAACCGAGGGAUUGAAGCCAACCCAUCCCAGAUCAAAGCGAUACAAGAGCUGGAGCGCCCGGAUUCUACAAAGGACGUGCAACAUCUUGCCGGGAUGGCAGUUGCGCUGAACAGAUUCAUCAAGUGCGACCGUGCACUGGCGGACUUAAAAGCGUAUCUCUCCUCAGCCUCAAUUUUGGUCACGCCUCAGCCGGGCGAAGAGCCGUACCUCUACUUGGUUGUUUCCCAACACGCGGUGAGCGCGGUAUUGAUUCGUGCUGAAGGCAUCCAGCACCUGCCAAUCUUCUAUGUAAGCAAGACCCUGCUCCCGGCCGAAACAAGAUAUCUUCCCUUGGAGAAAUUGGCGCUGGCCCUAAUGAUGGCGUCGAGAAAGCUGGCACACUAUUUUCAUGCCCAUACAAUAGUUGUGCUGACCGAAUUCCCUCUCAAGGUGCUCUUUGAGAAGGCCGACUUCACCGGGAGGAUUCUGAAGUGGGCCGUGGAAUUGGGGCAGUAUGACAUCAGGUUCCGCCCGCGCACUGCUGUCAAAGCUCAAGCUCUUGCAGAUUUUGUGGCGGAAUUUGCCCCUGGGACGCAUCCAGUUUGCCCGAUUGAUUUGGUUGGUGCGGAUUUAGCACAACCCAAGGUUUUGGCAACGGAGACGAGCACUGGCUCACACGUGGGAAAAGGGCAAAGUUUGACCGAACUAGUAAAGUCCGACAACUCGUUGGAAGAUGAACCCAAUGGAGACAAGGAAAAAGACCAGAACGAGCCGGCCAGAGACAUUGAAUUGAGAAGCUCCCCAAACCCAUCUGAUUGUUGGAAGCUGUUCAUUAGCGAGAUGUGGAAGCUCUUCGUUGAUGGAGUGUCCAACAGGCAUGGGGCCGGGCUGGGAAUUGUGCUGACCUCACCAGAUGGGCUGAUUAUUGAGCAAGUAAUUACGCUUGGAUUCCCGGUGUCCAACAACGAGGCAGAGUAUGAAGCCUUCCUCGCCGGUUUGAGAAGCGCAUUGAGAAUGAAAGCCACCGCCCUUAUGGUCUUCAGCGACUCCAAGUUGGUGGUCAAUCAGGUAUCAGGGGAGUAUGAGGCAAGGGAUGGAAGAAUGUCCAAGUAUCAAGCAUUGGUGCGGGAAGAAAUCAAGAAGUUCCCUGCGAUAAGAGUGGAACAGAUCAACUGCGAAGAAAACAACUCGGCUGACGAAUUGGCUGGGCUCGCCUCCACUCAGACAGCUUUUCCUAACCCCUUGAUGAUAGAGUUUUUACCUCGGCCAAGCAUUGACGAACCGGAAGCAACUGAGGUGCUCUGCACCGACUUGGGUCCUUCCUGGAUGGAUCCCAUCAUCGCUUUCUUAAAAGACAGAGUUCUACCGGAAGAAAAGAAGGCAGCCCACAAAAUUCGAGCAAAGUCAGAGCAGUUUUGGCUCUCCCCAUCUGGAGCCUUGUAUAAGAAGUCCUUCACCGGGCCGUAUUUGAAGUGUGUCCACCCCGCCAAAGUGGAGACUUUUCUCUACGAGAUACAUGAGGGCAUCUGUGGAAGCCAUACUGGGGGCUGGUCCUUGGCAUACCGAGCAAUUUCCCAAGCAGCGCCGGGCAAUCGCAAGUUCUUCAUCGCCGCCACCGACUACUUCACCAAGGCCCUCGUCUCAGAUAACGGCACUCAAUUUGAUGGGAAGCUCUUUUGCGGAUUUUGCGAAGAGUUGAAGAUCGAGUUCUAUAAUUCGACGCCGGCCUAUCCUCAGUCUAACGGUCAAGCAGAGGCCUCAAACAAGACCAUCUUGGAUGGGCUAAAGAAGCGGCUUGAAAAAGCCAAGGGGAAAUGGGCUGAGGAGCUUCCCAACGUGCUCUGGGCAUACCGCACUACCCCAAGAAGGUCGACCGGGGAAACACCAUUCACUUUGGCCUACGGCAUGGAGGCAGUCAUCCCAUUGGAAAUCGGCAUGCCAACCAUCCGCUCUGAAAGUUUCCAGCCUGAUCUGAAUAAUGAAGCCGUGGCAUCGAAAUUAGACCUUGCCGAGGAAAGAAGGGAGCGGGCACUAGUCCACAUCGCAGCUUAUCAACAAGAACUCUCUAAGAAAUACAACAAGGCGGUGCACCCCAGGCUAUUCAAGGUUGGAGACUAG